UCUCAAACUGCGUCAUUUUAGGGGUAGCGGAGAGCGCCAGCCAUGGAGCCUCAACGCGGGAAGGCGACGCGCGCAACCUCGAAAGCCGCAGCCACCACCCUCAGAGUUUCGGUGCACAGUGCGAAGGGCGCCUCGGCGAGGCCCGCGCCGAAGAAGCCAGCCCAGACGAAGCCCAGCGAGUGUGUGGUAGUUCCCGACGCUGGCCAGCCUGAAGGGCAGAAGUGCUGCUCCACCAGGGCGUCGGGAUCCCUGCGGAAGAGCGCCCCGGGUCCCCAGCAGAGGCAGCAGGUACGCGCGCAAGGUGCGCGCACCCACAAGGCGCCUCUGAGGACGGAGGAUUCUGUGGAUGGGCAAGCGGUUCUGCCGGAGCCUCCCGUGGCCCAGGAGCCGCCCCUUUCCGGGGUUGGAUCUUGCCGCAAGAGGGGCGCGUGCUCUGUUCGGGAGCAGAAAUCCCAGCCGUGUCCCCUGGAGGUCCCGGGUCAGGACCCGCUGGUUCCAGCUCCUAGUCUCUGCCGGAGGGAGUCAGCGCCCGGCAGCUGGAAGCCCAGGGCCGUGCUGGACAAGUUGAGGCUGAGCCGCUCUGAAAUCUCAGCAGCGGCUGAUGUUGUAAACAGGGUCGUGGACCACCUGCUGCUUAGACUGCGGAGCCACCAGUCCGAGUUCAAAGGUGUGGAGCUGCUACGAACUGGGAGCUACUACGAGCAAGUGAAGGUUUCUUCUCCUAAUGAAUUUGAUAUUAUGUUCAAACUGGAUGUCCCCAGAGUUGAGCUAGAAGAAUACCACAGCAGCGGUGCUCAUUACUUUGUAAAGUUCAAAAGGAAUCCCGGAGGAAAUCCUCUGAGUCAGUUUUUAGAUAAUGAAAUAUUAUCAGCUUCAAAGAUGCUCUCCAAGUUUAGGGAAAUCAUUAAGGAAGAAAUUAAAAACAUUGAAGGUAUUGAUGUCAUUUUGGAGAGGAAAAGGAGAGGGUGUCCUGCUGUAACACUUCUUAUUAGAAAACCUAAAGAAAUAUCUGUGGAUGUAAUCUUGGCUUUGAAAGUAAGCAGCAGCUGGCCAGCUAGCACCGAGAAAGGCCUGCCGAUUGAACACUGGCUUGGAAAGAAAGUUAGGAGAGAUCUAAGACUAGAGCCAUUUUAUCUGGUACCUAAGCAUGCAAAGGAAGAAGACCAUUUUCAAGAGGAAACCUGGCGGCUCUCCUUCUCUCACAUUGAAAAGAACAUUUUGAAAAAUCAUGGACAGUCUAAAACAUGCUGUGAAGUUUUUGGAGUGAAAUGUUGCAGGAAAGAUUGUUUAAAACUAAUGAAGUGUCUUUUAGAACAAUUGAAAAAGAAGUACGGAAACCAAAAGAAACUGAAAAAAUUCUGCUCUUACCAUGUGAAAACUGCCUUCUUUCACAUGUGUACCCUGGCCCCACUGGACAGUCAGUGGCAGUCCAAAGAUGUGGAACUCUGCUUUGAUAGGUGUCUAGAAUAUUUUCUUCAGUGCCUCAAGGCAGAAAGUCUUAGUAACUAUUUUAUUCCUGGAGUCAAUCUGUUCUCUCAAGACCAUGUUGACAAAACAAGUAAAGAAUUUCUGUUAAAGCAAAUUGAAUAUGAAAGAAACAAUGGAUUUCCAGUUUUUAAAGAUUUUUGAAAUCAUAUUGUUAAAGGGUCAAGAAUUAGUGUGA